AGAGCACUGGAGGGAGGAGACGCAGGAGCCAUAAGAACACAUAAAUAGAGAAGGGAAAACGCCAACAAUCGAUAGCUCAUGGAAACCUGGUCCUGUUUUUCUUUCUUUCUUACUUUCUUUCUUUCUUUUUUUCCGGAGUUGUGAUUAAUGAAAUAUUACUGAGCUUUAGUCCAUCUGGUCCAUUAAUAAUACUGUAGAGAAGUUUAGCUCAGGGUCCAAGCACUAUAAUGCCUUGGCAGCUCGGGUGUUCAGUGUACUUCAGCGAAAGUGUGAAUGAACCGUGGCCAGGGAAGAGACUGAUGGCAGAAUGAGAGAAUGGAAAGCCCGCUCAGGCGCGGAUGAAUAUGAAGAGAGCGGAGUCGGGGUUCUUUAGGACAGCAGUGUGGAGUAAACAGCGGCACUGAGCACUGAGCGCGGGGACAGAGCUGCAGCAGUCCAGCGACUGACCAGGCCACAGGGAUGACAGCAGCCUCUUGGGAAGGGGAUUCAGCUCAGUCCAAUCGUUCUCUGUUUAACCUGAACAGUAGCUUCAGCAGCAAUGAGACCUUCCUGUGGCUGCUGCCGUCGCAGAACAGCACCGAGGUGACAUGGAGUCCCACUCCGCAGCCGGGCGCAGCCAGGGUACGGGACCAGGCUCUGGCACAGGCUGAGAUCGGAGUGCUUAGCCUGGUGCUGGCACUUACCACUCUGGGGAACAGCUUUGUGCUGUGGGUGCUGCUGCGCAGGAGAAAGCACCACGCACCCAUGCACCUAUUCAUGAUCAACCUGUGUGUGGCUGACCUCGUUGUGGCCUUCUUCCAGGUGCUGCCGCAGCUACUGUGGGAUAUCACAGAGCGCUUCCAGGGCCCCGAUGCUCUGUGCCGCUUUGUCAAGUACUUGCAGAUUGUGGGCAUGUUUGCUUCCUCAUACAUGAUUGUGGCAAUGACAGUGGACCGCCACUAUGCCAUCUGCUGCCCUCUGCAAGCGUACCGCGGAGGCAAACCUUCACGCUGGAACACGCCCAUCAUGGUGGCCUGGGGCUUGGCCCUGCUACUCAGUUUACCACAGGUGUUCAUCUUCUCGCAGACUGAAGUGUCACCGGGGGAGUUUGAGUGCUGGGGCCACUUUAUUGAGCCAUGGGGCCUCAAAGCCUAUGUCACCUGGAUGACUAUAGCUGUCUUCAUUCUACCAGCCCUCAUUAUCACAGUCUGUCAGGUGCGUAUCUUCAGAGAGAUCCACGACAAUAUCUACCUGAAGUCAGAGAGAAUGGUGACAGCGGAGUUUAAGAGGAACUCCGUGGUCUUCCAUUUCCCUCAGAAAGAAGGCCAUCAUGGGAGGUCUGGGAGAGAGAGAGACUCACAAGGCAGCCAUAAUCAUCAGACUGACAUCCACGGAUGUCACUGCAGUAACUCCACCCCUACAGACCUUCAGAGUUCAUAUGAUGAUCUGUCUAGCCCUGAGCCAUUCGGAAACUCGACAUAUAACCCCUGUGAUUCCUUUGACCCCUGCUCUGUGCCCCUCCCAUCCACGGAAAUCUCUACAUCAACCAGUCUGCCCUUGGAGAAAUUCACUCCUGAUCUGUCUGAUCCAUCUCACGCACAUGCCCUGACAGCCAAUAGCGCGUGCGCUCAGUCCAGAGCCUCAUCGUCACUGGCUGGCCAACUUUCAGGAACUCCUGAACUCUGGCCAGAUGUGUUACCAGAUCCUCCCCCGCCACCCCCGCCUGGCAUUUCUAAGGCCAUGUCAAAGACAGUGAGGAUGACUUUGGUCAUAGUGUUGGUCUACACUAUCUGCUGGGCUCCUUUCUUCAUCGUCCAGCUGUGGGCAGCCUGGGAUCCGAACCCUCCAGACCAAGGAGUAGCUUUCACCAUCCUGAUGCUGCUGGCCAGCUUGAACUCAUGCACAAAUCCCUGGAUCUACACGGCUUUUUCCAGUAGUGUGUCACGCGAGCUGCUCGCUCUGCUGCGCUGCCAUGUGCCCACUCCACGCCGUGGCUCGCUGCCUGAUGACUCCACCACCACACACACCUCAACCACCACCAAGGACAGUAUCUACUAACAUGCACACAUGCACACAUGGAUUAACCACCAGGUUCAAAUCCAUCACCCUUACCAAUGCUUGAAAGGGCAGUGCCCCACGGGCAGCAAGUAUCAUGAAGUAGGAACAUUACAAGUUCAGUAAUGUGAAUGUAAGCAGUGGAAUAGACUUUUGUGUAUGUAUGUGUGUGUGUGUGAAUAUAGGUGUGUGUGUUGGGAGAAAGGUCAAGAAUAAGCUGUAAGAAUGUGAGGCAUUGCCAGAAGGCUGAACAGGAAAACUACUCCAGACUGGUAGAGGACCAGCCAACGAGCAGAUGCCACUGUUUGGAACGGAACAGUGGUUGAGAAUAUUGUGGAAGCAGGCACCUCCGACAUUGCUGAACAGACUAUUUCAGGAUUCUGUUACCAAAUUUGAAUUUGUCAGUAUUACUUUAAAAGAAAUGCUGGAAGGUGCUGGGAGAAAGAAACUAGAGCGGAACACUAGAGUUUGUCAUUACUGCAGUGAGAGAUGAAGAUGUUCUCAAAACUGAAAAAUUACAUCCUGAGAAUGAUGGACUCAAGAGGUGGUGAGAGAUUGUUAUUUGAGAAGAAUGGUACUAUGUCUUUUCAUUCUGGGCUGCCAGGGCAAUUUCCUUCAGAACUAGUGGAGUAUACCUGCUACUUGUUUCCUUGCUGGGCACCGAUAGCAAAGUUGUCACCUCGUGUCCAUGACCGUGACCCCCACAUCACUCUCAUCCUCUUUCCCAUUCUCGUCUUCUUUGGGUAAAUGAGGAAGUGGCUUCAAAAUGCUAUGUAAAUACUGCCGACUAUUCUUUACCUUUCCUUUGACAUUACAUGUCCACAGCAGGGAGUGAAGUGUACAUUUAAAAGAACAAAAAUAGGCAGAAAGUUCAGCUGCUCAGCCCCCAAACAGGAACAGUGAGCGCCUUUACAACGUUGGAAUGAACAGGAGGUGGCAGCAGCCAUGAGACAAAUGCAAGAGCUUCAAUGCAACAGCACAAUGAAGUGCAGCACUUGGAGAAGCUUAUUACAGCUGCCUCGCAUACAGAGACAGUCUCAUAUUUACUCUCUAUGACUGAUUCUCAUCCUCUCAAGCAUAAGUAAUGAGCCUACCCGGCAGAAAGCGCUGACAGCCCGCCAUCAGACUGUUCUGAUGAUUAGAGCGAUGUGCCAGAGUGUGGCUCACCAGCAGCGAAUACACUGCAGCCUGAUAUUAAGGCUGUCUUAGUAAAACUGAUGUAGGGUUUUCCACUCAACAUAGCUGAAUGAAUACAUCACUCUUUUCUUGGUAUAGCCACCUGAACAAGUUACUGGGCUUUCCCAUAAUGCCUCACAUUCAAAAGUGCAUUAAGGCUUCAGCCAAAGAAAAGGGAAUGCAUACCACCAGGCCACCUAAGUCUCAGGUUGAGAAUGGCCAAAGGACAAGCGUGAUGUAGCAGGGGGAUUUUUUACAGGUGAUGAUAUUGCUGUUGGUACUCAUCAAGUAAAGGAGCAAAUGGGAAUUCACCACUCGUUCUUAAGGAAAUUGGCCUGGUGGUCCUCCACCAAAUGUCGAACCACAGUUACAAAUUACUUUUAAAUCCAAGAAUGCAAUUAUGGUAAUAUCCCAGUAAAAGCACUGAUUAGCAGUAUGGAAGUGAACCCUACUGCUAGCCUUUAGGUUUAAGUGAAAUACAUACUACCAGCGGCAUGAUGUUCAAAAAUUGAAAAGCACAGCAGGGUCCCUCCAUUUACAAUCACCAGUCAAACAGGCACCUGCAUGGCCACAAUGCCAAGGUGAACCCAAAGCAUUGUGUGACAGUACUGAGGUGCAACACAGUGUAGAUUGUGUUUAUGAAAGAGGCUGGUGCAGCCUCCACUUUCUCAAACUGGUGAGGCCAGUGUACUUAUAGCUAAAAAGUUCCAUUUUAAAGCAUUUUGUGUAGGACUUAAAUAGAAAAUUACACUCUAAAAAUAAAUCAAAACCCACCCUGUUGUACACUUAUAACAGCACUCUAAUUAUUGCCUUUCGCAAUGAUGAAUUUCUGUGGACAGUGUAACUUUCUGAAUUUGUGCUAACCUGGUGUAUAAUAUAAAGUCUCUGGAUUAUACACCAGUUCUAUUAUAAAGCAGAAUAAAGAUCAGAAAUAAUAUUGUUUACCACAGUUUCAGCUCUACCUCUCACCUGAUCUACUCUCACAAAUGGGUUUUAUGGUUGGAAUUAGGGGACCAUUUGUAUCCUCUUCACAAGUUAUAGAAUAACUUAUUUGUAUAAAAGUUAUUACAAAUGUUCUAAUUUAACAAUAUGUUGAUAGAUGCAUAUGUUAAUAUAUCGUACUGACAAAAACUUACCUCUGCAAAGUGCCCGUAUUAUAUGUUUAGUUUUUUCCUCAAACUGUAGCAUCAUGUGGAUUAUUGUCACUAUAUUAUAAAUUUUACAUCUUUGACCUCAAAGGAUGAAAGAUGAAAACAACACUUUCACUUAAUGGGUAGUUAUAGUGACUAACAUUUUUAUGUUACUCGUAGGAAGUCUAUAAUGUUGAGCAGCUGACUGUUGUCAAUAUUUUGUUGGUAUCCUAAACUACUGGAUAUGAGAUAGUGAGAACAAGUCAUUGUACAAUUUAACAUCUACUUAAGAAGCUUUUGUGUCUGUAUUUCAAACAUCUAUACAGAAUUUUUAAGUGUAAUCAUAAACUUGUUUUUUCCACAGAAAGAAAAUUUGUUUAAAAUACGUACCUGAUGUAUGGUAUAUUCAUUAUACUAAAUAUUGUAAUAAAUGUUUUAAAUACC